UCACUAUGUUCCUGUUAAUGCUGCUCACAUUGGAUGCCCACCUGAUGCAUCACUUGGCAGUCAGGUACACCUCAGUGAUGACUCGUCAGCGCGCUCUCUGUGUGGUUCUGCUCUGCUGGGUGGGCUCCGUUCUCUCCUCUUUCGCCCAGUUCAUCGGCUCAGAUGUCCUCGACACCUGGAAGAACGGUGGGGCUGACUCCGGCACUGCUGGCCAUGAGCUGCAUGACAACUUGACCACCUCUCUACCUACUCUAACCCCUCCCCCGCCCCCUAAAUAUCACUAUGUACGCAAAGUAAUAGGACAGUACCUUCCAUAUGGAGGCUUCUUGUCGAAGUUUUAUGUGGAAGACAUGCACAACUUUACCUAUGCUGAGUUUCACAGCAGCCACUGGGGAGCGUGUGCUCCUGAUACAAUAUUAAGCCCUGAGUUUUUGGUCUAUGUCCAUGGUAUGACUGUGUUUAUGCUCCCGUUGGUUUGCCUGCUGGCUAUCUACCUUGAGCUGCUGUGUACCAAGCCCAGUAACACUCCUUUUAGCCAUGCAGACCCCCCUAAACAAGACUCCAGUCGGGUUCGUUCCCUUGCUUUAUCUCUGUCUCUUUUGGUGGUGCUGUGCCUGCCAUUGCACAUCAUCCAUGCUCUCUUGCUUUUCCAACCCAAUACCAAUCUCCCUGCCUGGGCUCAUGCAGUCACCGCUUUCCUCUUCCAGCUGUACAGCCUCGUACCGCAGAUCCUCUUCACUCCUCCUAGGAAACAGGAGGGGGAAGAACGGGCGUCCUUUCCUGUCUCGGCCCCCCACCUUCCACCUGCAAUAGCAUCAGUUAGAGGAAAAUCUGUGCGAAUGGCUCUGUGUGAAGCAGUGCAGGCAGCUCCAUGGGCGUCAGCCAAACACUCACUUAAAGCCAAAGUGUGCCCAGAGGUCUGAAAUCUUAACACAAGACUUAGGUGGUUGUUGUCAAUGUAAACAUUUGUCAUAAAUUUAAGUUAUAGUAAGUAAAUUCAUUUAUUCCAUGUUUUAGGUGCAGAAGACAAAACUAAGGCAAGCAGCUCACACGCCAAAGAAUAAAUACAGCAUGUUUGUUGUUGGCUUUUUAACUCUAAUCAACAACCCUGUGUUCACAUGUUAUGAAUAACUCUGCAAUUGAAAAGGCCAGUUAAUUACCAGGUCCCAUACCAAAUGUCAGUACGAAAAAAUUAAGUCUCCAGAUGAUGACUGCCAUCCUGAUCACAGAUGUCUUGUUUUCUCUCGCUGCUUGUCCUGUGGGUCUUAUUCUAAGCUUGUUCUAAGUCUCUGCUAAGCCAACCACCGGUAAUGUAGAUGUAUGAGUGACAGCAUUUAAUUAAACAUUUGGUAAUAACAUAGUGGCCCAGUGAGGAUGCAGCAAUGUAGGUGAAACAUCAUUAACCUGGUGGCU